AUGGCACCGCCUGUAUGGAAUGGUUAUAUUCCUGGUCAGGUUCCCCUUUGGGGCUUUGCGGAGUCUGCACGAUCCGGUAAGGUCUUGCAAGGUCAAGAAAAUUUAGGUUUAGCUUCACCUCUUUAUGGCGGUGAUAAGAUAAACCGCCAGUUGGAUUUUGAGAUGCAUUCUGUUGCACAUCAACAAUUUGUGUCAAAUGGGAUGGAGAAGGCAAACUACAGUGAUUUUAGCAGAAGUCAGCCUUCCAUCACCUACUCAGGCUCUAUGGAAACAAAUAGCUUUCCAAAGGUCUUGCAAGGUCAAGAAAUUUGCUCACUUAAAUCUCUAACUGGAAAAACUGAACUCAAUCCUAGCGGCUGGAGAAAACCUGAGCUGGGCGGCAACAUUUUGAACAUAAAUCAAAGAUCCUUUCCCAGUUGUUAUCCUUUAGCAUCUGAAGGCAUUAGAAACCUGGUUUUCCCGUACAAUGGAGUCUAUAAAGCUGGUCAAGAUCCUGUCAUGCUUUCCUAUAUGACCAAUCGUGAGAGAGAAAACCAUGUGCUAAACUCAAAGUCCUUCAGGGAUGGGCUAACUAAGGAGGAUGGAAGACAUCUCUCUCUAGCAAAUGAGUCAAAGGCAUUCGAGAAGAAGUCUAUUGUCCCCACUACAGGAACACCCUUGAACAAUAAAAAAGACGACAACAAGGGAGCUGGAUCUGUUUGUAAGCUAUUUGGGGUUUCCCUGACUGAAGAAGCCCCUGCCUCAAGUUCACAGAGUUCUAGCAGGAGAAGUUGUACAAAGGUUCACAAACAAGGCAAUUUGGUGGGAAGAGCUAUUGAUCUGUCCAAACUGAAAAGUUAUGAUGACCUGCUGGUUGAGCUCGAGAAGCUGUUUAGCAUGGAGGGAAUGUUAAGGGAGCCUGGCAAGGGAUGGCGUGUCCUGUAUACUGACAGUGAGAAAGACAUGAUGGUUGUGGGAGAUGAUCCGUGGCCUGAGUUUUGUGACGUCGUGUCAAAGAUCCACAUAUUAACCAUAGAAGAAGUGCAGAAAAUGUCCAUUGGAGUGAUCAGUGAUGAGACUCGUAGUUGUUUGGAAGAAUCACCAGCAGUAAUGGAUGGCUCCAAGUCUUCAGUUACUGCACCCUGAUUCAUCUCUAACAGUAGUCAGGACUUCAAAUUCAGGGUGUUCGAGGUGAUGCUGCUGAUGUUUCUGGGCAUCUGUCUGCCUAUUAGCUGUUACCUAAGCAUUUAACACCCUAUGUAUAUAUUCGUAUUUCUGAAACUUUUCAAGUUGUCGUAUGCUGUGCACGUACCCCUUAGAACUUGGUUGCCCAUCAGUUCGCGUCUUUGUUGUCUUGUAAGUAUACCAUUAAUCGAAACACCGGUGUGGUCUGUUUAUGUCUAUGAGUAUCUGUUUGUUGAAGAACUUCAAUGUCAAACCAGUGAAUUGUUGUGUUUAAC